GACCGUACGUCCUUCAGUUCAGUACAACACCCAACCAUAGCUAUCGACGCCUCAAAUGAAAAUUACGCGUUCAAGUGAAGAGACGUUUUUGUGUUUUUCGUCGCGUCCGCUGUGUACCUAUAGUGCAGUUAGAAAUUUGUAGUGGUUGUUUAUGUUGGGAAAGAAAAAGUUUAUUCAGUGUGCUACUAUCAUAGGCAUUUGUAGUUGUCACACAGUGAAUGUGAAUGAGUCACGUUCAACGAGCUGUAAUAAGUGGUAAUUGAAAGUUGUGUGAUGUGGAAACAUUAGGAAUCUCUUUUUUUGUUCAAGGUGUACUCAAAAACAGAUGAAAGCUUGAAGGGCAAAAAUGCGUAAAUAAGAGAGCGACAAAUUUGAUUAUUUUUCUCUAGAGGUGGAAAAAAUUUGCACGGCAAUUACCGAGAAGACGUGUGAAAAGUCAAUAUUUAUGGACGGUGAUAAGUGAUAACGUGGCAAUCGUAGUGAAAUUGUAACGAAGAUCUGUAGUAUUUUAGCCGUGCAAGAGGAAAGACGUAAACUAUAUUUCGUCCGCACCCACCGUACAGGCGAUACGCAAUCGACAUUUGCGCAAAUACUACACACGUCGGGACGAAACGAUCGACACGAUCCUUAAGACACAAUGGAGACGUUUGAUCAGAAAAGCAACGUUAAUCUUCCGAUGAAGUUUCCAGGUGCUGCAAUGAACCCUCCACUGGCUGACACCGGUGAGGAUCCCCACCCCAGUCUGUCCGAUUGGCACGACUAUGAACCGAAUCUCGAGUUUGACGAUACCGAAUUAUCGCAAACGGCACCGGAACCCGGAGGCACGGUUAUAUUUGAUGAAGACAACUAUUCCGGCGAGUUUGAAGAGGUGUCCGCAGACGAAAUCAUCAAAACCGCACUCGAUCCGGACAACUACGAGGAGCAGCUUAAAAUGGUCGAGCCCGAUGAGAACACUAUCCGCAAAGAGUUCAAGCGGCGAAAAUUUAUCGAAUUCAUCGGUACGGACAAACACGGUCAGCCCAUUAUCGCUAUCUAUGCGUGUAGUUUGCCGGAAAGGAAAGAUCUCAACACGAAUAUUUUCAUCGAUUUUAUCAUCAAAUCGAUGGAAGAAUUUGUCCAGAAUGAUUACAUCAUUGCGUACUUUCACCAAGGCAUGAAGGAUAAUAGCAAACCGUCCCUGCAGUUUCUGUGGAACUCAUAUAAAGAACUGGAUCGAAGUUUUAAGAAAAAUCUGAAGAAGUUAUACGUGGUACAUCCAACAACCUUCAUCAAAAUGGUGUGGUUUUUCUUCAGACCGGUCAUCAGCGAAAAAUUUAAGAGUAAGCUCAUCUACACAUCCAGCCUGGAUGAGCUGAAGCAGUCAUUAGGUUUACAAGCGCUCAAAGUGCCGGACACUGUGCGAGAAUUCGAUGAGAAAAUUAACAACACCACUCGCUACACGCUGCGGGGCAGCAAAACUAGUCUAAAGAGCAGCCGCUCGAUGGAACACAUCCCGAAGACGAACCAGUUCGGUGUUUCGCUCAAGUUCAUCAUCGAGAACAGUGCCUGCCUCAACUGCAUUCCACCGAUCGUACGCAAAUGUGUCGAUCAUUUGUCCCUUUCAGAUGUGAUCGACACCGAGGGAAUCUUCCGAAGAUCCGGCAACUACACCCGAAUAAAAGAACUGCGCGAAAAGAUCAACCAAGGCGAAGAGGUAAACCUAUCAAACGAGGACACCCACGUGGCAGCUGCGCUUCUGAAAACCUUCCUACGCGAGCUGGAAGAACCCCUACUUACCUACGAACUGUACGAAGAUAUCGUCCAGUUUACCGAGUGGACAACCGAAGAGCAACGAUCCCGGAACGUGAAGCAGAUCCUACGGGAGAAGCUACCCGAGGAAAACUACGAACUGUUCAAAUACAUUGUCGAGUUUCUGGGGAAGAUUAUGGAGCGGAAAGAUUUCAACAAGAUGACGUCGUCGAAUCUGGCGAUCGUGUUCGGUCCCAAUCUAGUGUGGCCCAAGCAAGCGCAGAUGUCGCUGGACGAGAUUGGCCCGAUUAAUGCCUUUAUCGAUUAUGUGCUGCAGCAUCAGGAUGAUAUAUACUUUGUGGAUAUUAACAAAAAAGAUGGAGGCUAUGAUUAACAGCGGUUGAUAUAAGUUUAGUUCUUUUUUAUUUGUUUUUACCGUAGGGGGCAUGUGAGGUGCAUUUGUGCUGGUCCGUUCCUGGGUGUAUGAUUUUUUAAUGAACGAACUAACCGAAGACACACAAGUUGUUUGUUUCUAUGUAAGAUUUAGGUUUAAUAAAGUUUACCUCUUGAAAUAGAAAUGGCUACUUGUGUUACUAAAACAAAACAUUCUUUCGUGUUAUAGUGAUAAGAACAGUGACCAGUUUUUUAGCCGAUGUGUCUGUAGAUAUGUGCGAGAAUGAGAUUUUUAAGCAGUGUAAUUAAUAAUCGUAAGGUAAACAAUAAUAGUCAUUAUUACAGUAACUUGUUGAGAAUGUUUUGAAUAAUUUAUAUAAACAGCAACCGUUUGAAAUCACGGCAAGCGGUUCAAAACCAAAGAAUGGGUGUAUAAUUCAAACGAACCACACUAAAUGAUGUAGAAUCCGUCACCAGAAAAUCUCAGGCAUUACCAUUUUCUGUCCCGACACAGAGUUCCUGGUGUGCCAAAUGGAUUACGUACAGACUACUACCAAUACCCGUGUGUCUGUCGCAUAUGCAUUUCAUUGUGCAAUUGAUGUUUUUUUUCUCUAAUAUUAAUAUUAAGCUCAUACGAUGAGAAAAUGUAGAUAUAUUCAGCGCAUUUUUCGCAUAUGUGAUAGACACGCAGAUAUGGAAAGUUUACAUUCAACUAUCACGUCAGUCAAUCUCAUCCUCCUCUCAAGAAUUGAAUCGAAACAAUAACAGACAGUCUGGAGAAAAUAUCAAUUUUUAGACCAUUAGCUCUCUUAGAAAAUAAAAAAAAACGCGAAACGAUUGGACUACGAUAACAUUUUAAAAAUUUUAACAGUAUACUAUUCCGCCGAAGAUAGGGAGUCCAUAGUCAGAAUUAAAAACCCAUUAUAUCUUGGAAUUUUCCGCUUCUAGUCCAAUAUCAAUUUUAAUUGGAGUAACUCAACAACAAAAUAAAACUUGAGAGCACUGAAUAUAUACCUACUUAGUGGAACUACAGAAAAUCGACGACGAUAUAUGAGUGAAGCAAAAUCGAUUCUAGACGAAUGCAAUAUGCUGGCACGAAUUUCACGUCUGUGACAAAUUAUAAGUAUCCGUUAAAGUCUAUGGAAACAAGAGCGCUGUAAUGUCACCCAGAAAACAUGUACAGAGAUUUUACUGAAACAAUAGAAAACGUCGAAUGAUUCAUGUAUGAAAGAUA